AUGGGUGAAGAACCAGGAAAACCAGCGACCACUUGGUGGAAGGAGGAGAAAGGGAAGAAGCCAAUUAGUUUGACUGACGUAGUGCCUGCGUGCAGCUCAAAGCAUUUACCAAACCAAUGUGGUGCUGGUAGUAGCCAUGCAGCUAUUGAAGAAGUAUUUACAGAGGAGGAAUUUGGGAAUCAUAAUUUACUGAGGCUCGAUCCUUACAGAUUUGAAAUCAACAAUAGUGUUGAAGAUUGUGACAAUUCUGAUGAUGGAGGUAAAAGUGAAGAUUCUUCUUGCAAUACCAAGGAAGAAGAAAGGGGUGACGACUUUUCCGAAAAAGACGAUAAAAAUUUGUCGCACAAUGAAGAUGAAGAAGAAGAUGAGGGUGAAGGCACGUUUGAGACGAAAAUCGAGGUGGAAUAUCACGGGGUUCAAAACGACGAUAUGACCGGCAAAAAAAAGUCUUUUAAGUGCAACGUUUGUCCCAAGCAGUACCAAACAAAGGAGAGUUUAUUUUACCACAAAAAGUACACUCAUAGAAAAGACGGACUGGAAAAAUUUAAAUGCGGCAAAUGCGAUUACAAAACGAUGGACAAUAGUAAUUUAAAAAAACACUUAAAAAUACACGACAAGAGUAAAUAUUUUAAAUACCAUUUUUGCGAGUAUAUUGCCGCCGAAUUGAAGUGUUUAGAUAGCCACCUUUUAAACAAACAUAAAUCAGAAAUUAAAGAGAAUAAAAUAAAAAUAGCAAGUAAAAUUUAUCAGUGCCCUAAAUGUAAACUUUUAACUGUUAUUAAAUCAAAUCAUGAUUAGCACAUUAAUGUAUGUUUAAAUUUAAAAAACGCCCAAUGGUAUAAAUGUGAAGUUUGCCCCUAUAAAAGUAUUCAUAAAAAUUACUUAAGAACCCAUAAACUGAGUCAUAAUAAAAUAAAAAAAAUUAAAUGUUUAUUCUGUGAUCAUAGCUGCAAUGAUAAAAGAGGUUUGGGCAGCCACAUUAUCAGGAAACAUUCGCAUUUGGUAAACGAAUCUGUUAUAAGUUUAAUGAAAUUUAAAGUACAUGCAUGCGAACAUUGUGAUUAUAAAACAACAAAAUUAAAUUGUUUAAAAAGACACAAAAAUAAUAAACACCCCAGGUAGCAUGUGUGUCUUCGAUUUUAAAUAUGCAAAUUAAAAUUCCUAACUCUGUAAUUUACUUUCAAGUCUGAUUAUGAAUAAAUUAUUAUAAAUUUGU